AUGAGUGACUAAGAAAGCGAGACAUAAGAUUAAAGACCUGCAGAAGUUGAAUGGAAAUAGAAAAAAGACAGUUUGGAAUAGAAAGUUAGAGAUGAAAUAAUUAGACUUUCUAAAAUACAUAAUUUUAAAGUAAUGAAAUGAAAUUCAAAUUUUAGGAAAGUGCAGUUUAUAAUAUAGCGAAAAGACAUUACUUUAAGUUUGAAUUAGUUGAAAGAGAUAUCUUAGGAUUAUAAAAUCAGGAUGAUAAUGAUGAUAAUGAUGGAGAUUGGAUAACAAAUGAAUGUGAAAAAUCAAAAUCUCAGAACAAAAACAGAAAAUAUUCCAAAAGGGAUGAAGAUUAAUAAAACAAUAGAAAAUAAAGUGAUCAAUACUAGAAACAGCAAGAAUAACGAAACACAAGAAAUAAUGAAAGGCAAGGGUAACAUCAAAAAUCAUUCAAGUAUAUCAUAAUUUUCCUUAUUUUUAGUUCUUAGUAGAAUUACAAUAACAAAAAUUAUAGAGAAGAUGCAAGAAAUGAUGAUUAUGAUCAAUAACAAAGUCAAUAAAAUUAUAGAAAUGAUAGAGGUUAAUAAAGAUAUUAAAAGAAUACUUAAAAUGAAUCUUGGAAUUAAAGAAGAACAAAUUAAAAUUAAUAUUAUAAUAACAAUAAUAGAAACAAUAAUUAGAGAAGAUAGUAUAGAAAUAAAAAUGAAGACUUUGUGUAAUAACCAUAGUAUAUUUUAAAGGAUUCUUAUUAAGAUUAAUAGAUUCCUUAGUAAUAAUAAAACUAAGUUUAGUUAACAAAAUAAUAAUAGAAAGAAUCUAAAAAUUAGGACAUAUAAGAUUCUCAAAAGGAACAAUAAUAAUAAUAAUAAUAAUAAUAAUAAUAAUAAUAAUAAUAAUAAUAAUAAUAAUAAUAAUAAUAAUAAUAAUAAUAAUAAUAAUAAUAAUAAUAAUAAUAAUAAUAAUAAUAAUAAUAAUAAUAAUAAUAAUAAUAAUAAUAAUAAUAAUAAUAAUAAUAAUAAUAAUAAUAAUAAUAAUAAUAAUAAUAAUAAUAAUAAUAAUAAUAAUAAUAAUAAUAAUAAUAAUAAUAAUAAUAAUAAUAAUAAUAAUAAUAAUAAUAAUAAUAAUAAUAAUAAUAAUAAUAAUAAUAAUAAUAAUAAUAAUAAUAAUAAUAAUAAUAAUAAUAAUAAUAAUAAUAAUAAUAAUAAUAAUAAUAAUAAUAAUAAUAAUAAUAAUAAUAAUAAUAAUAAUAAUAAUAAUAAUAAUAAUAAUAAUAAUAAUAAUAAUAAUAAUAAUAAUAAUAAUAAUAAUAAUAAUAAUAAUAAUAAUAAUAAUAAUAAUAAUAAUAAUAAUAAUAAUAAUAAUAAUAAUAAUAAUAAUAAUAAUAAUAAUAAUAAUAAUAAUAAUAAUAAUAAUAAUAAUAAUAAUAAUAAUAAUAAUAAUAAUAAUAAUAAUAAUAAUAAUAAUAAUAAUAAUAAUAAUAAUAAUAAUAAUAAUAAUAAUAAUAAUAAUAACAAUAAUAAUAAUAAUAAUAAUAAUAAUAAUAACAAUAAUAACAAUAAUAACAACAACAAUAACAAUAAUAACAACAACAACAAUAAUAAUCAAAAUAAAAUACAUAGCAUUAAACCUAAUAACCGUAGUAAUAAUAGAAAAUAUAGUAGAAUAAUUAAUAAGCAAUACCAAAUCAAACUAGUAAAUAGCAAACAUAAAAUUAAGCUGAUCAAACUGUAAAAGCUUAAUAAUAACCAGUAGUAUUAUAAAAAUAAUAAGAUAUUCAUUAAUAAUAACAUUAAGUUCCUCAUUAAGUAAAUCAACAAGUUUAAUAAUAAACUAUCAUUCAAAAUGCACCUAUUUCGUAAUCUUAAGUCAAUUAACCCUAAAUAUAACAUUAACAUAUUAAUCAAUCAUAAUCUUAAGGCUAAACUUAAUCACAAAAUAAUGAGGUGCCCUUAUAAGCUUAUAAUUAGCAAUAAGAAUAAAUGAAAUUUUAUGGAGAAGGACCUUAAGAGCUUAGAAAUUAAGCAAUCGCUUAGUAGUAAAGAUAAUAAAAGCCAAUGUCCUAGGUUCCUUUAUUAGCAUAAUUCUUAAUUUAUCCAAAUAACUGUACUUCAUCUACAAACCUAUUCCCCUUAACGAUGGUAUAGAAUAAAUAAUAUAAAUUAGUAAAAUUUAAAUAAUGCUUUUGAAUAAUUACGAGCGAUUGCAUUGACUUAUGAAUAAAAGUAAUAGUAAUAGUGAGAUAUUUCUUACAUUUUUAAACAAUACAG